AUGGCACUCGUCCGCCAUCGCGCAGUUCCGCACCCAGCUCGCCCCCGCCAGCCUCUUCUCUGCCUCCCCCGCCUCCAGCAAUCUCAGCAACCUCGUCAACAGCUGUCUCUCCGCCUGCCUUCCCUCGACCAACAGGACGUCCCUCCCCUCCUGGCUCGCGCACGCAUUCGACAGCCGCAGCACAUUCGGAAUACUCGGUCGGUACCCUCUCCACGAGCACGAGUAGCGUGCCCCUCUCCCGAAACCCGUCCGCGCCCUCCGCUUCGUCCACGCCCGGCGCGAAGCGCGUCAGGUUGGACAGCAGCGCCGCGUGCAGCGCGACGACGUCCGCGUCCAGGACCACCUGCGCUGCGAGCCGCACCGCGUCCGCGUACGUCAGGGCCGCCGCCGCCUCGUCCUCCGACAGGUUCACAAGCGCAGACAGUGCUAGCGCAGUGCGAUUCGCUGCUCAGCAGCAGCAGCCGCCGCAGGAGAACGUCGCUCGCGGCUGUCGAGCCAAUCAUCCGCCGCAGCGCCGCUGCCGCCGGCGCGUAUGUUCUCUCCGGGAUCGCGCUGCUCGCGGUCGCGUGGGGAGCACGUGCUGUCCGUGAGCAGGGAGGACAGCGCCGGCAGUCUGUCUUUGUCCACGGUGGAGGUGAGAGGGAAGGAGUGCAGACAGAGUGGCGAGGGAGAAGGUCGCGGGAUGGGUUUCGAGUGAGCGUGCGACUACGACUGAGGGUGCGAUACGAGGGUGAGUACGAGUGUGAGUACAAGGAUGCGAUGGUGAGUACGAGGGGAAUGUACUUCAUUUGGUUCUCACCGGUGGGGCAGUUCUUUCCGAAGCAUCAAACAGCCAAAUAA